CAUGCGCAGAGGGCGCUCGGCGGCUGCGGGCGGUGCUGUGGGACCGGCGGGUCCAGCCGGGUCGGGCCUCCCCAGGCGGGUCGGGCCGGGCCGGGCCGGGCGCUCCUGGGGGACCGCGGAGGGCAGUCCCGGAGCCAGGAAGGGCCGCCCCGUCACUGCGGGCAGCGCUGUGGAUGGAAGAGUUCAGCCUUACUGGUUUGCGUAAUAGCAGAGGGUAAAUAGGCAUGAAGGAGACUGUAGUGGGGAUGAGAAGUGUCAAAAGAGAAGAAAUGACUCCUACAAGUGCUGAUACAGUGUUUGGCACCAUUUUUGACUGGGACUAUCUCUCAUGGGAAAUUCGUUUGACAUUUUUAGCUGCUGGUUUUUUAAUCUACUUGGGAGUAUUUCUUCUGUCUCACUGGUUGUCUUCUUGGAGAAGUACCACCUACCGUGCCUUGCAUGCAAAGGAGAAGGUGUUUUGGAAUAUGGCAGUCACACGUGGUGUGUUUGGACUUCAGAGUUGUGUUGGUGGCUUAUGGGCUUUGCUCAUAGAUCCCGUUUUUCAUGAUGACAAAGUCUAUUCACAGCAGAAGUGGAGUUGGUUUAACUGUUUAAUAGCAGCUGGAUUUUUCUUGCUUGAAAAUGUAGCAGUUCACGUGUCCAACAUUAUUUUUAGAACAUUUGAUGUUUUCUUAGUAGUUCAUCAUUUGCUUGCUUUUGGUGGCUUGGCUGGUUUGGUAAUUAAUGUGAAAUCUGGACAUUAUCUGCCUUUGAUGGGAAUGCUGCUGGAGAUGAGCACUCCCUCAACAUGCAUUUCCUGGAUGCUUCUGAAGGCUGGCCGUGCUAGCACCUUUUUCUGGAAGGCAAACCAGUGGGUGAUGAUCCAUCUGUUCCACUGCCGCAUGAUUCUUACCUACCACAUGUGGUGGGUGUGUAUUUUCAAUUGGAACGCUAUUAUAGAAAAUCUGGGACUUCUUCACUUUACUGUUUUAUUCUCAGGAUUAUUUGCUGUUACACUCAUACUUAACCCAUACUGGACAUACAAAAAAACUCAGCAGCUUCUCAGCCCAACUGACUGGAACUUUGAAAAUAAAGCAGUGGAAAAUGGAAAAUUAAAUGGUGAAACACAUCAAAAGAAGAGGAUGUAGCACUGAAACAACAAUUUCCCAGCGGAGUAACAGAAGAAUGCAAUGCAAAGUCAUUCUGUGCACGUGAACUAGAAGAUUUUGCAAGAAGCUCAUUGACACAGUGACUCCUUGCUGGUAGCACUCUGUAUGCAUCACAAGUGUUGAAAAGCAUUGUUUGUGUUUCUUAUGUGUACACAUAUAAGAACUUCAACCCUUGUUAUGAAUUACACCAACAAUUUGUCAGAUUGGACAGUAUUUCAUAAUUUAAUAGUGAUAUGCUCCCUAGUGGCAUGUUUUCUUUUUCCUAAUGCUUCAAAGUGGCUUUAGAGUAAGUCAUCUUAUUAAGCUCAGCUUGAAUCAAGUUUAGCUUGAAUCCUGUUUCACAUAUGGUGGAGAUACUGAUACUGAAAAUUAUGUUAAAUUGUUUAUUAAGAUCAAUUAUGAUCCAAGUUAGGUAUGCACGGAUACCUAAUUCCCGUGUGUCAAUGAAUCAUUCCAAGUGGCAGAACUGGUAGAAUGCAGUCAUGGCCCAGGUUUAGGUUUUUUUGGUUGGUUUGUGGGUUUGAGGUUUUUUGGGUAUUUGCUUUUGUUCUUUUUUUCUUUUAAGUUCGCUUAAGGAACCGGAAAAUAAUUGAGUGUUUGCUCACUCAAAGGUGUAGUUUCCAGGUUGCCCUCGGUGUGGGGGGAGUUCAUAUCCAUCAAAACCAUACAUGUGGAGAUCCCUGCAUUUGCCCCAUGAGUAGCUAGUCAUAGUUGCGGCCUCUGGACUUGAAAUCAAUGAAAUGCAAGUGGCAACACCAGAAGGUGACUCUGUAUCAUCCUUGAAAAAAUGCUGCUUGGUUAGGAAAUAAUUAGUAAAAUUAUUUUGUUCGUAGGUCCCACAUGAAGGGUCAUGCAAUUAGUUUCACUAGUGCUUCUGCUAUGGUUCCUCUUAUUUUUGGGAAUGCACUUAGUUUGAGAUGGUUUCAGAAUCUGAGGUGACUCCUCUGUGGAGGAAAGCCCGUAUCACCUCCUGUAGGAGUUCGGUUGUUUUAAUAUUUUUAUUUAACUUUAAAGAACAUACCAAGUGACACUAACAAUCCUUUGCACUUUAUCUGCCACAUCACAAAAAUCUUUCCGUGACCUGAGAAACUGGGUUGCUGUUUAGGUAGGGACUAAUGGUGAUGAAUGUUCUCCCACUUUUUCUGGUUUGAUGGUUCCUGGGUGAAAUUUUGGGAAGUGGAUGGAGUGAUAAAAAUCACAACAGAAGAGAGUGACGCCUAGUGGCAGGAGAAUGCCAGGGGUAUUAGUUUUGGUGCAUGGAACAAAUGAGAUUUAAAAAAAUGGUUAAUUGGAAUUCUGUGUGACAUGACUGCUACACAGAUUUAUUUCCCAAAGCAUUAAGACUGGGUGAACCCAAGUUGUGAAGAAUUCUAGAUCAAGCCACGAAUUAGAGACUUAGUGGACUGAUCUGUGGUGGAACAUAUUGUUUUAAAUGUGUGAGGGAAGCACUCUUUGGUGUAAACACCCCCAUUUUAUAGAUUUUUGGUGGGAAUGUCUUUGAUUUGUUCUGAGAUAAGGGAGUGGUCCGGUUGCUGUGUUCCCUAAUUUACUCACUGUGAGCACAGAGUUGAAUUGCUGUUCUGUGAUGGAGAGGAAACUUCUUACUUUAGGUCACAAAUACAUAACGAAAUCUUGUUGAUAAUGAUGAAUUGGUGAAUAUCUGAAAUUGCCCAUCCAAAACCAGGCUGAGAGGGUCACAGUAAUUUUACACCUGAACCCUGUCUGUUACUGUGCUCAUAUUUAAUAGAUAAAAUCUAAAUUUGGAGCUACCUUCUUAUUUCUAAGGUAGGCAGAAUGAAGUUGCAGUGUUCUCUGUCUGGGCACCAUCCUAUAGUAAAAAGGGUUCCCAAAAGUUUGAAAUGUCUUGAAGAAUUGUAUGUGGGAGAGUAAUGUUAAAAGUACUUUGGAAGAAACCAGAGGGAUGAAUUUCUUGGCUGUGGAAUCAAAAAUGUGAUCUGAAUGCAUAUCUUGCAGAAUCCAAACCUCACAUGCAGGAGUUCCAGGGAGAAAGGCAGAGAAUAAGUCAUCAGGUAUCAGAAUGAUUGUGUACUCUAUGAAGCUUAAAACUUGAAGGUUUGGAUUUGAUAAAACAAGGUAAUAAUUGUUAAAAUCCUGCCUACAGAAUUCUGAAGAAUCCUAACAGAAAAUGGACACAUCAGAAGAACUUUGGGAUGAGUGUGUAAUUCUUAUAGUGCCUGGCUAAAGAAUGUGAAGUUCCUAUGUGCUAAAAUAAAAGCAUAUGGAGGGUGGGGGUUAGUAGUGAAUUGAGACUGAAGAAAGACAGCUGGAAAUUUAUGUCGUAGCACCAGAUGUCUAAAGUUUAAUAUUUUAUAUUACUGAUUUGUCUAACUUUAUUAAUUGAGUUUAAAAUCUUUCAUUAAAAUUAUUAUUUUAUCAUAAUAACGCAGUCUUUUUAGUUUGCAUCCUAGUGUGAUUUUUUUCUCAAAAAACCUGUUAGGGUUUGCAUGUCUUAACUAUCUAAUGAAUAAUACUUUAGACCCCUGUUAAUGUAAGCACUGGUAGACCUGCUAAAACAAGAAAGUUAUGCAAUAAAACAAAUAACAGCACUUACUGUAUUUCUGUUGGUUUAAGGGUACUUUACAGUCCAGCUAGAAACACAACACAACAAAAACACAGACAACCUUUCUUCUUCAUGGCUUAGUGUUGGGGGGAGUUACCAGUUCUGUUACACAAAGCCUCUUCUUUUAUACUUGGGUAUAAAAGGACCUUUUAUAAGGGCAUGUGGUGAUAGGGCAAGGAUAAUGGCUUUAACCUAAAAAGAGGGGAGAGUUAGAUUAUAUUAGCAAGAAAUGGUUCCCUGUGAGGGUGGUGAGGCACGGGAACAGGUUGCCCAGAGAAGUUGUGGAUCCCCCAUCCCUGGAAGUGUUCAAGGCUGGGUUUGAUGGGGCAUUGAACGACCUGGUGUAGUGGAAGGUGUCCAUGCCUACAGCAGGAGGGUUGGAACUAGAUAAUCUGUAAGGCCUCUUCCAAUCCCAAACUUCUGGGAUUCUUCACUGUCUACUGACUGCUCCCUUCAGGAGGAUUUUCUGGUUUAUUAUUGGGGAAGUCCCAUUGCUCUGAAACAAGUCUGAAAAAGUUCUUGAACUGAGAGUUUUGGUGUCUAUUAACCCUUACAGCUAAGUGCUCCUUUUCAGCCUAAAGGUAGAGUAGCUGUAUCUUGUUUGUAAAUUUUGUUGAAGUGAAACUAAUCCCAGUCCUGGUGGGCCUUCUUAUACAGCCUCAUCCACAAUCCCAUUUAGAAAAAUUCAGUCAUCUUCAUUAGUGGCUGGAUUGGGUCACAGGGUAUGCUGCUGUGGAUUUGGGAAACCUGAAUAACGUGAUUUUGGGUGAAAUAUUUGUUUGCCAAGGUGACUGCUAGGGACCUGGCUCUGCUUUCUUGUUGAACAAGCUGUUAUAAGGAGUGGUGUUAGUGUCACCUUUCUGCCUGAAGCUUUUUUUAAAAAAAAACCCCAAACCAGCAAACUGUGAGGGGGAUAAUGGUGUUCAGUUUUUUGGUUUGGGUUUUUUUGUUUGUUUUUCAAAGAAAAAUGUCUGAUCUGAGACACCUUGUCCAGUCAUCUGGUUCUUAUUGUCUUCAUACAACAUUCCUAAAUCACAGUUUGUGUUUUCCUCCAUUUCUAUCCUAUGUUUUUUUCCAAGACUUGUCAUUGUUUUCCCCCCUGAACCCAUCUUUUUUUUAUUAUUUUUAUACUUGCAGUAGUGGUCAUGAUCUCGGAGGAGUCACAUUACCACUGCGAUAUUUUUGUCUAGUACUUUUCAGUACAUCCUGUCAGGCCCAUCUUCUACUAAAUAUCCAUGUCCAAAUCUUGCAGAGUGUUUUUGUGUUUUCCUGAUAACAUGGAUUAGUAUUGAUGUGAUACGCAGUUAUAAGAAACCUUCUUUAACCUCAGGGAGACUCGCCCUUAAAGUGAAUUUAGAAGUGUUAAGCAAACUCAAGUCUGCUCUUGUACAAUAUAAUGUUUGUUGAAAAGCAUCUUUACACUGUACAUAAAUAAAAGUAUUUUAUUGA